GUCUUUUGUAGUCAAGUAAUAAAAACAGGCUAAAUAGACAUAAUAAUAUAAAGUAGUAUAUCUCACCUACUUAUGACUUACAUAUUAUUGUUGCGACCCAGACUGACCGAAUUAAAAUCAAAGAUCCGCAACAAGAGAACGCCUUACUUUUUUUAAGCGAACACGGAAAUACAGGGGGGGACGCUCUUGUAUCAUCCGAAGAUCUUAUCUACUGUGUAGCAUAGCCGCGUUACAUGACUUGAGCUAACUUCUUUCAGAGACAUUUUUGGAGUUUCAUUCAGAUGGCAAAUAAAGCCGUUAAACGUCCGGGAGUCGGGGUCGGGGUGCUGGUAACCGACUCGGCUCACCCAGGCUGUGUACUCUUGGGGAAGCGGAAGAGUGCAGUGGGCAGAGGGACAUACCAGCUCCCAGGAGGUCAUCUGGAGUUCGGGGAGACUUGGGAGGAAUGUGCUCACAGAGAGCUGCUGGAGGAAGCUGGGGUGCGUUUGGUGAACACCCACUUUGCAUCGGUAGUUAACUCCAUCAUACUGGAGGAACAGUACCACUAUGUCACCAUAUUUAUGCAAGGAGAACUGGACAGGCAGUCAGGAGAACCAGAAAACCUGGAACCACAGAAAAACGAAGGCUGGACGUGGACACGCUGGGACGAGUUUCCUCCAGAGCAGCAGCUCUUCGUGCCACUGGCCUGCCUGAGGCAACAAGGCUUCCAGCCAUUUAGGAACACAGACACUUGACCCUGAACCUUCCUGUUAUACUGGGAUACACGAUCCUUCCACGAGGAUCAUACAGGCACACCUCUUUAAAGCUGCUGUUCCCUCAAAUGUCACUUUUUAUUUUUUUUAACAAUACAUACUGUGCUUUCUGAAAUUGUCACAAACUGUUAUUAAAAUACAGUAGAUGUAUUUGUUUCUUUUUUUAU